UUCAAAGUUUACUUAUUCGAAUCCUUUGUAAGAAAGAAACCUGUGGUUAUGGCUACGGCGGGUCUCUACCGGCGAUCUCUUCCUUCUCCUCCGGCCUUUGACUUUUCUUCUGCCGAAGGCAAGAAAAUAUUCAGUGAAGCGCUGCAGAAAGGCACAAUGGAAGGAUUUUUCAGGUUGAUUUCUUAUUUCCAGACACAGUCGGAACCUGCGUAUUGUGGCUUGGCUAGCCUUUCAGUUGUCUUGAACGCUCUUUCUAUUGAUCCUGGACGAAAAUGGAAAGGGCCUUGGAGGUGGUUUGAUGAAUCAAUGCUGGACUGCUGCGAGCCACUGGAAGUAGUCAAGGCAAAGGGCAUUUCUUUCGGAAAAGUUGUCUGUUUGGCUCAUUGUACUGGAGCCAAAGUGGAAGCUUUCCGUACAAAUCAGACCACCAUUGACGAUUUCCGCAACUUCGUAAUCAAAUGCACUUCUUCUGAGAACUGCCAUAUGAUCUCAUCAUAUGACAGAGGUGUCUUUAAGCAGACUGGGUCUGGUCACUUUUCACCUAUCGGUGGCUAUAACGCUGAGAGAGAUAUGGCUUUGAUUCUUGAUGUUGCCCGUUUCAAGUAUCCUCCUCAUUGGGUUCCUCUUAAACUUCUUUGGGAAGCCAUGGACAGCAUUGAUCAGUCAACAGGGAAACGUAGAGGUUUCAUGCUCAUAUCUAGACCCCACAGAGAACCCGGAUUGCUCUAUACUCUGUGCUGCAAGGAUGAAAGCUGGAUCAACAUAGCCAAGUAUUUGAAGGAAGAUGUUCCUCGCCUUGUAAGCUCCCAGCAUUUAGAUAGUGUGGAAAAGAUCAUAUCAGUUGUGUUCAAGUCACUUCCAUCAAAUUUCAACACAUUCAUUAGAUGGGUGGCUGAGAUCAGAAUAACAGAGGACGCAAAAGAAAAUCUCAGCGCAGAGGAGAAAUCGAGGCUCAACUUAAAGCAAGUGGUGCUGAAAGAAGUGCAUGAAACUGAACUGUUCAAACACAUCAGUAAGUUCUUAUCCUCAGUUGGUUACGAAGACAGUAUGACAUUUUCUGCUGCAAAGGCUUGUUGUCAAGGAGCUGAAAUCUUAUCCGGAUGCUCAUCUAUAGAGUUCUGUUGUCGGGAGGUGAAAUGUGUCAACGGUAUGUCAUAUGCUGGUGAUGGCGAGGCGGUGGUGACUGGAGUUGUGGUGCGUAACGGGAGUGAACAAAAUGUUGAUCUAUUGGUGCCAUCGACCCAAACUGACUGUAAAUAUGGUCCGGAGGCAACUUAUCCAGCAGGAAACGAUUUGCUUACUGUACUUCUGCUGGCUUUACCUCCACAGACAUGGUCAGGGAUCAAAGACCAAGCUAUUAUGAAUGAGAUGAAGCAGCUCAUUUCUAUGGCUUUCCUCCCAACUAUGCUUCAAGAAGAGGUGCUGCAUCUUCGACGCCAACUUCAGCUGCUAAAACGCUGCCAAGAGAACAAGGAGGAGGAGGAUCUCGCUGCUCCUGCCUACUGACUCGUCUGCCAAAUUCACAAAAUUAUAAGUCUCCGUCACAUGCCGAUUUAAUUCCCUGCCUCUCAAACUAUAAAACCCUUAUUGUUAUAGUGUCUUUAUUAUGUGUAUAAUUGAAACUCUACUUGCCAAUAGAUAGUUUUGUAGAUUAUACAUGCGUUUUGGUUUUAUUAACCUCUUAUAUAUUAAUCAUGGA